ACUCAACAUGGCGGCUGCACGUGGGAGAAGUGGAAGUGGGCAAAGCCUGGAAGAUCUCUUGGGUAACGAAGGCACAACAGCUACUUUCGUUUUCAACGCUAUUAUGACCGCAGCAGCUCAGCCACUAACAUGUGUUCGACUUCUGGUGCAGGUUGGACAUGAACCUAUUUCUCCAACUGAGUUCACAACAUUUUACCAGUAUGCAUGUUAUGUAAAGAAGAUAAAUGUAUGGCAUGGACUCUACAGAGGAUUGUUGCCAAGGGUCUACUCAUCAUUGAUUGGAACUCUUGUAAACAAUACAAUGCUACAGGCUAUGGAUAAAAAAGACAAUGCCCUUGUCCCCCUGGUUCCUCCAGAAAAUAAGAGCAGGCGAGAAGAAUUGCUAGAGUUUUUUGAAGAGACCUGUGUACAGGCUGUGGCAAAAUGCAGUGGUAUCAUUAUCAGUCACCCAUUUUAUGUGAUCUCAGUCAGAAUGAUGGUUCAGUUUGUUGGUCAAGAAACUAUUUACAGUGGACUAUGUGCAUCAGUUAAAGAGAUCUAUAACAAUGAAGGACUUGGUGGAUUUUUUAGAACAACAUCAAGCAUAGAAUGUGAACUUCUCGAAGUAAGAAAUUCGAGGGAGGAAAAAGAAACCGGACAACUUUUAACCUGGGUCAAGAAUAGAAUGAAAGCAAAAAUUUGGAAAUCAAGAGAUACAAGGGAGGAAAAUGAAGAUGGAGGGAAGCAUCCAAUAAGAGUCGGAAGAUGAGGAUGAAAACAGGGACUCAAAGAGGAUUGGAGAAUUGGAAUGGGAAAUGCACAGAGAGAUCAAUGAUGAAGAACUCGGCAAACUAGCCUUCGUCCUUUGUACGAGAAAAAAUUUUUCUCUAUGAAAGGGGCUUUUUGUGAUCAAGAAGGACAGGUUUUUAACUCAAACACGGAAUUUCUAAACAUGGAUGAGACCACAUACUCACAGUCAGGGCCAGCACAAGUUUUCACGCCUUCACAAGGCCCCCGUCUCACGUACAAGGAUGUCUUCUUACCUUCUACAAUUAUGUUGUUCUUCAUUGUUUGCGAGCCUCUUAUUGGCAGUUGGUUGUCAUCCCAGAUAAAAUGUGGCCGAGUAUUGGCUUCAAAAGGCAACCUGCGCCAAUCUCUUAAGGUGGCCAAUGGUUUCUGUGAGGACUGUAGGUGAUGGUGUCCACGUCCACUCCUUUUCUUGUAAGUUUGGGUUGUCCAAUACACCCAAACUGAGUCCGAUGGACCAAGGUCAUGAACAACCAGACUCGCCGGAAGUCAGUUCGCGAGAGACUUAGUAAAUAUACAACAAAGUAUAGAGUUGCGGACUGGGUGGAAAUACAUGUCGGCAAACGGCCGGACUCCAUCAAAUCCGAUGGAGACGGGUUGCCGUGGCAAGAGUAUAUCGAACUCGCCGCGUGUUAGUUCGCUAGAUACUUAGAAAACAUACAGCAAAGUAGAGUAGUGAAAGGGGUGAAAAAUGUCGGUAACGGACUCCGUCGGAUCCAAUGGAGACGGAUUGCCGUGGCAAGAGUCCAUCGGACUCGCCGCAUGUCAAUUCGCGAUAGUCUUAGAAAAUAUACAGCAAGGUAGAGUAGUGAAAGGGGUGGAAAAUGUCGGCAAACGGACUCCGUCGGAUCCGAUAGAGACGGGUCGCUGUGGAAAGAGACCAUCGGACAUCGCCCCGUGUCAGUUCGCGAGACACUUAGAAAUAUAAAGCAAUGUUGAGUAUAGUGAAAGGGAUGGAAAAUGUCGGCAAAUGGCCUCCUUCGGAUCCGAUGGAGACGGGUUGCCCUGGCAGCAUCUGCGCACUUUAAUAAUUUACCUGAACUUAAACUUUCACCAAAUAUCUCCGCCGAUGAAAUACGUCACAAAUAAACUCCCAAUCAACGAGUCAAGGUCUAAAGCCUUAACGAUCACCGGAAAGCGCCUGGCGUCUAAGAUCAAUAAUGAACUUGUUGUCACAGUUGAGGACAAUAGGCUCGUAAAUGGAAAAAGUCCAACACUUUUAGGUUUAACAAUCGAUAGUUCACUCUCAUUUGAUUGUCAUGUUGAAAAUCUUUGCAAUAAGCUUGCCUCGCGCAUAGGUCUUUUGAGUAUAAUCAGGCCCUUUCUGUCACUUGAACAGCGACUGUUGCUCAACAAUGUCAUUAUUCGCCUAGUAAUGAGCUAUGCUGACGUCAUUUGGUCAUCAUGUGACAAGGAACCACUUUACAGAGUCUUGAAAUUACAGAAACGUGCAUCUAGAAUCAUUUCAUAUUCCGACCAUCUAACACCCUCUCUGACACUUUCUAUAAGCUGGGAUGGAUACCUUUUUAUGAACAGUAAAAUUAACAAAUGUGUUAUUUUUUAGAAGCGCGUAAAUGGCUCUCUUCCGAACUAUCUCAAUGAACACUUGACGAUUAACAAUACACAACAUAACAGAAGCACGCGGUAUGCUAGCUAUAAUUCUAUCUGUCCUUAUUAUAAGCGUGACACUGAAGGAGGCCGUUCUUUUGCUGUAUCAGCAACAAGACUUUGGAAUGAUGUGCCGCUAAAUAUCAGAAAGAUAGACACUUAGAUAAUAUUAUGGCAACGUCGAGGAUGUGGAGGGGUUGUAAAAAGAACGACUUUUUCAUGUUUAACGCGCUUGUUUCGCCUCAUGGCGUUAAGAACGAGGUAUAUUUCAUUGUAGCGCGCUUGUUUCGCCUCAUGGCUCAAAGAACGACGUAAAUUUCAUGUGUAGCGGCGUUUGGCUUAAAGAACGACGAAUGUUACAUGUGUAGCGCGCUUGUUUCGCCUCAUGGCUCUAAGAACGAUUUAUAUUUCUUUGUAGCGCGCUUUUUCCCCCCUCAUGGCUUAAAGAACGACGUAUAUUUCAUGUGUAGCGUUUGCCUCGCUUCAUGGCUUAAAGAACGACGAAUGUUACAUGUGUAAUGCGCUUGUUUUGCCUCAUGGCUUAAGACGACGUAUAUUCCAUUGUAGCGCGCUUGAUUCGCCUCAUGGCCUUAAGAACGACGUAUAUUUCAUUGUAGCGCGCUUGUUUCGCCUCAUGGCCCAAAAAACGACGUUUAUUUCAUGUGUAGCGUUUUUCUCGCCUCAUGGCUUAAAGAACGACGGAUGUUACAUGUGUAGCGCGCUUGUUUCGCCUUAUGGCUCUAAGAACGACCAAUGUUACAUAUGUAGCGCGCUUUUUUCGCGUCAUGGCUUUAAGAAUGACGUACAUUUCAAGUGUAGCGCCCUUGUCUCGCCUCAUGGAUGAGAGAUAUUUUCGCGAACUGACCUCGGGGGAGUUCGAUCGACUCGUGCCAGGACGAACUGUCUCCAUCGGAUCCGAUCGAGUCUGUUUGCCAAUAUCUUCAAUCCCCCUCGCUCAUGUUAACCUCUUACUUCCGGUACCACCAGUCAAGCGCCAUACGGCCAUUUCCGGUUCCGGUCGCAAUAGGACUCAAUCCGCCUGCUGGUGAAGGUAACCCGACUCAGGUCAGGUGUAUUGGACAUGUAUGGCUGAAAUCCAUGAUGCCAUGGAGUUGCUCCGUAUUGAAGUAGAGAGAGGGAAGAAGACCCAAGAGACGAAGAUAGAGAG